UAUACAUGUGAAACUAGCAAAAACAGGUUCCAAGUUUACACUCUCUACAUUCUGAAGCUUGUAAACCAAAAUGAACCAUGCAGGCAUGUUACUGCGUGGGAAAAAGAGGUCGAGACCAGUAGAGGCCAGUGCUCGGUGUCAGGAAGAGGUCAAGUUCAAGGAGGUGAUGGUUUAUCUGGUGGAGAAGAAGAUGGGCCGAAGUAGAAGAAACUUUCUCACCAGUUUGGCCAGAUCAAAAGGCUUUAGAGUUGAUGAUGUCCUCAGUGAUGAGGUCACUCAUGUGGUGGCGGAGGACAAUCAGGCCGGGGGAUUGUGGUCAUGGCUGCGGGAGCAGGGUCUGAGGGACAUCUCCAAAGUGCAGGUGCUUGACAUCUCCUGGUUCACAGAAAGCAUGAGGGAGGGCAGACCUGUCACUGUGGAGUCCAGGCAUCAUAUUCAGGAGACACUGGCAGAGACAGUCUGUUCCACACCUGCGGCUGUGGACAACGUUUCUCAAUAUGCGUGCCAGAGGCGGACAACCACAGAAAAUCAUAACAAGAUGUUCACGGACGCGUUGGAGGUGUUGGCAGAGAGUUCUGAGUUCAAUGAAAACGAAGGGCGGUGUCUGGCGUUUCGACGAGCAGCCUCAGUCCUGAAAAGUCUUCCGUCAGCUGUACGCUCCCUGGGGGCCACCCAGGGUCUACCCUGCCUAGGGGAACACACAGAGGCUGUCAUUGAGGAAAUCCUACAAUUUGGCCGUUGCUUCAAAGUUGAAGAGAUACAGUGCGAUGAGCGAUAUCAAGCGCUAAAGCUAUUUACCAGUGUGUUCGGGGUUGGACCCAAAACAGCAGAGAAGUGGUAUCGCAGAGGGCUGCGCUCGUUCAAGGAGAUUCUAAAUGAGCCCGCCAUCCAGUUGAACAAGAUGCAGAGAGCUGGUUUCCUAUAUUACAGGGACAUCUCAAAGACUGUCAGCAAAGCUGAGGCCCAAGCUCUCAGAUGUAUAAUCGAAGAGACUGUCCAUUGGAUUAUGCCUGAUGCCAUACUGGCUCUGACAGGUGGCUUUCGCAGGGGGAAGGAGUAUGGUCAUGAUGUGGACUUCCUCGUAACUACACCUGAGCUGGGAAGAGAAGAGGGCCUACUGCUUCAUGUUAUUGACAGACUUCAAGACCAGGGCAUCCUGCUGUAUUGUGAACACCAGGGCACCACCUUUGACGCGACCAAGUUGCCGAGUUGCAAUUUCGAGGCCAUGGACCACUUCGAGAAGUGCUUCCUGAUCGUGAGGUUGUACGAGGACCAAGUGGAAGGAGGGCUGCAAAGGAAUCCUGGGGACAGCAGGGCCUGGAGGGCUAUACGGGUGGACCUGGUAGUCCCGCCUGUUGACCGCUAUGCCACUGCCCUCCUGGGCUGGACCGGCUCCAGGCAGUUUGUGAGAGAUCUGAGGAGGUUUGCCAGAAAGGAGAGGCGGAUGCUUUUUGACAACCACGCCCUGUAUGACAAAACAAAGCUUACACUGACAGUGGAAUCUCGAUUCUCUACUCCUAUGCCCUCAUCUCCUUUUCAGGGGCUGUGGGAGGAAAGGGUCAAGGGGAUGGGACCUCUGGCAUUCUUGUUUCCAAUUACCAAUCCUUCAGCAACAGACAGAAAAUGUUUUUAUCCACCACAACUGAGGAAGACAUCUUUGUCCAUCUGGGUUUGGAGUAUGUGGAACCUUGGCAGAGAAACGCUUAAGAGCGUCUUCCCCACACGGACACCCAUAGAGUACCACCGCGGUUACGCACAGUACAAAGCGUCAUUCCCAUCUGUCAACCCAGCUCAGCUACCCACUUCUGCAAUCUUCUUUCAAAGAGCACAAUCUGGGUAGAUUUUUAUAGUCGUGUUCCGUUGUCAUGCUGAUUCAGUAUUCAUGAUUCUUGUCUUUUCAUCAUGCCUUACUUGUUUUUGUUAGCCUCUUUAACGAGUAAACAUUCAACUCUGUCAAUCAAAACCCUCUCUUCUCUGGAAAUUCUUAUCACAGGGAUUGAUGAAAAGUUAAAUGAACAAAUGCCCACCGUGGCUACAAGGUAAAAAAAUAAAAUGGCAAGAGAAGGGAGAGUGGCGCUAGUGCGGGCAAGUGAGAAAAGAGCCUAGUGGAGCAAAAUGGUUGUAAUCACCCUCCAACUGGUAGGAGAGCGCUCGUUGUGAUUUGGAGCCAAGCCACCUGGGAAUUCAGAGGACGGUAAUUGGCUACGGAUGGAGUUGUAUUCCCCCGUUUAGUCUCCGUUUGAACCUCCGCAACCACUGGAGAUCAUUUAGCGAGCGAUCUGUACCCGCUGCAGCCUCAACCGCCUGUGUCACAAUGAAAAUCUUCCCCGGGUGCAGCACGGUAAAUUGCGCCAAUUAAAGCCAAUCAGCUGUACUGGGAGAUGCUGCAGUCAUAUAACAGGUCAGUUCCCAUUGAGUAUACAGUGUCGGUUGUUAAGAUAGAUGUUGGCAAUUGCAAACCUUUAUACCGGCAUACACGCGUAUGUAAAUCCUGAUGUACCAGCAAACAACGGAUUGGGUAUGGAGAGUGGUAUAGCUGUGAUCGUCUGGGUGUUCUUCAGUUAGAGGAGCGUGGGAUGGGGUUUGAUGUGAGUAUAGGAUGUUUAUUUAAAUAUAAAGAAAUACCAGUGGUGGGAUUUUACAUCGAAAUACAAUAAAAAAAAUAUAUAAAUGGGGUUAGUAAUGAUGCAAAAUACUCUCCAUGCAUACUGUCAGAGCUGAUCAACCUCUGUAGGAAAAAAGUAGUAAUAUAACACACUUUGACAGGGAUGUCAUAGGGGCCUUCCAUUUGGAAUGCCUGGUACUAUUCCUCCUAUGGUAGCUAUGCUUGGUCAUUCACAUUUACCUGCGAAGGAUAUAAAGACCAUGAUCCUCCAUCAGCAUGGUCUGCUGUCCUAUUGACAAACUUAGCCCAGUUUCCCACAACGCUCAGGUCAAGCAAAUCCCAUGCUACCUCAGAAAGUGGAGAUAUACUAUACAUCACUGGGACUAUCACAUCCUAGUGAAUCACCCUAUUUUAAGACAUUUUAAGUAGAGCAUCCCAGGCAGUUUGAGGACUCAACCCCAGGGCCCAGCUCUCACUCUCCCCCCUCAGUCCAACCCAGGCAGAUUGGUCAAACAGUGAGCCACACGAAUGGCUUUUGCUUUGAGACUACUGGGUGUUUGUGCUAAAGCAGGACCUCCAGCUGGCUGUCUCUGAAGGUCUGGUUCCUUUGGUUGUGAAGCAAUUAAACAAUUCAACUUUCUUCACUCCUCAGGUAAGGCAGGCGGCUUAUAUAAUACUACAUGGAGAUAUACGUCUUUUCAGUCAUUACUAUUGGGAUCAGGCCUGACAGUUGCACAAUCUUGCCACUUUCAGCAGUUGAAGUCUUGGUUCUGUGUCUCUUAUCAACCAAAGAGGAUUGCUCUCACAUAUCACACACUCCACAGUGUGCAUUCUUGCUACAAGGUGAGGAAUCGAUUUGAAAGAAAAUCAGCUAAGUGUCAGCAACCACAGUGUAGGCAAGUUUAUUACUGGCCAUUUCAUUCAUUCAUUGUUUGUUUGCUUGGCUUUGCAAGGAAUCAACAGACCAUUCAGCCCCUCAAUUCUAGCAGCAGUGAUAUGCACCAUUAACUUAUAUUACAAUAUGUCUAAAAAUGCAAUAAAACAAAACGAUGGGAGCAUCCACCAAUUAUCUCCCCUAAAAGCAUGUGGUCUGGAAGAAGGGAACAAUAUGAGUGAAUUCAAUAAUUCAGGGGCAGGGUUCUUACUUCUCAAAUUACUUGAAUAAACAAAUACACAAUACUUGGUUAACUUUAACAAGUUAAUUGUUAAUGUCAUGGUUACCAAACAAAGGUAAAGUACAAUAUCAGCUCUACAAUAUUUUUUAUUUAAAUAAUAAUUUCAACAUUUCAAUCCCCCAUUUCCUUACCAUAUGUGAGCUUUUUCGUGACUACAAUGGUGAAUGUGUGAAUAAAACGACAGCUUGUGGUUAAUUUGCAUUAAAGUGCUUUAUUCGCUGAAAAAUUGCUGUGUUUUGCAGUCCAGUCACUUUUUAUUUGUCCCUAUGCAAACAACAGUUUGUUCUCAGCAACAUUCUACUGGUAGUCUUCAAUCAUCGUACUCCAACACCUAUCCCAUUAACAUGCUAUGAUCAAUCAUGGACUUGGUCAUUUAAAUCGGUGGGUAUACCAUGUAUGUAUAUAUCAAAGGAUUUUAGUAGCAACCGUUUCCUUGAUAAUGAGCCUAUGCAUCCUCAAAUGUCCCUAAAUAAACCUCAAUAUAAAAACAAAGUCAGGGGAGUACUAUGCUCUAUCAAUUGUUGGAGGUGAUGAUACCAGGAGUUUGCAUAAAGUCUUUCUAAGACAUUGACAAGGGAGCUAUGGUAUGGAUGACCG